UCUCCAACCACCAGUAAACAUUGGAGAAGAACAAGACGCUGCUCGUCUGAGCCGCUUUAGUCCCUCGAGUUAUAAAAAUAAAAAGCGUUAUUGUGUCUGGCUCUGAGGAUUUAAAACCCUGAGGUUUUCUUUGAUUGAAGGUUUUGAUCAUCAUCUUCGAGAUUCAUCGCCCUCAACUCCUCACCCUCAGGACUCCUGGAGCACAGGAUGCCGAGGAAGGGAAAGAGGUCCGAGGCAGCGAGGCGCCGAUGGAGGAAGCGCAACCUGGAGGAGCCAACUCCAGUCACUUCCCCCCCGAAGACGGUCCAGAUGGUGUCCACCCCACUGGACGCAGGGUCCAGGACCAGGGAGACCCACCCCCCCUGCUCUCGAGCUCCAGUCAGCAACGUGGUUGGAUCUUCACCCCCAGCCCAGCCUUUCGGGAGCCUGGGUGAUGUGUGUCCCGAAGUUCGUGCACGCCGCGGUACCGGGUUCCGCCAUCGGGUGUGGAGGUGGCCAAUUUCGAAGCUCACUGGACGGAGCCACAAGUUGGUUAUCCCACCGGAGUCUCCUGACAAGAAGUUCAUUCUGAUUGUCGGGGACUCCCACCUCCGGUCCAUCGCAGAUGGUUUCACCGUGAUGCCAGAAGGAAAGUUUUCUUUUGGUGUCCUGUCGACCUAUGGGGCCCACGCCGCUCAGCUGCGGACUGAGGUCCUACAUGCUAAUGUUCCUCGGUCCCCUGACGCUGUUUGUGUUCUUGCCCCUAGCAACAACCUGACCGCGAGCAGGACCAUCGACGAGGCAGCCGUCGAUUACGCAAGUUUCCUCACUGCUGUGAGGAGCCGCUGGCCAGAGGUCUUUGUGCUGGAUUUCCCCCCCCGUCUGCAGGAGGAUGAGACAUACCAGGUUCUCCUUCGUCAAGAGUACCACCGCGUGACAGCUCGUAUGGGUGUGAGGUACUUCUCUGUGGCGGAGCACUUCCCCCUUACGCGCUUGGAUCUGUGGAGCAGAGACGGCAUUCACCUGAGCGAUCGUGAGGGGAUGGGCAUCCUUACCCAGCUGCUGUGGACCGCCACGGAGCAGUUCCUGGAGACACCACCACCUCCCCCGGUUUCUCCUAAGCUGGUUGUGAAGAGAGAGGUACGUGCUCCUCUGUCUCCUGACCCCUUCCAGUGGAAGGUCGUUGGUCAGAGCAGCAAGUUGCAGGUUCCUGGUCAGGCCAGCUUGGCUCAGCAGCAGGAGGAGUCCUUCCUCCCACUGAACCCAGUGUGGUUUAGUAGCAUGAUCCUUCGUGCUAUGGAGGAGGUGUCUCCUUCUCAGCUGUCUGGUGUGGAGGACUGCAAGUCUCCUCCAGCACGCAAGAAGGUGGCCUCCCCAGCGGCAGCCAGGCGUCGUAGGACCGCGGAGAGAUGCCCCCCCCACCGCCAGUCUCCUGUGAACAACCUGGUUGGAGCCCCUCCAGCCAGGCUGUCACAGAGACUGCAAGACGACGCCCCCUCCAGCCCGGUUCCACGGUCCAGGACCACGGAUGGACCAGCCCCCCGCACCCAAACUUCAGUGACCAACCUGUGUGAGGACAUGAAAACAGAGACAUCCAUGGAUGGAGAGACUUCAGAAGCCUGUGUGAAGAAAGAGGAGACGCUGGAGCUGAAUAUCUACAGCUAUGGAGCCUAUCUCGACAACCCACCUGAAGGUCUCUCCAUUAAAGUGGAAGAUCCUGACGAUAAAGACUAUCUCUACUGUGAAGUUUGCAAAUCCUUCUUCCUCAACAAAUGCGAGGUUCAUGGACCACCCCUCUUCAUCCCCGAUACUCCUGUUCCCAUGGGAGUCCCUGACCGAGCCAGACAAACACUUCCUCCUGGGCUAGAAAUCCAGAAGUCCAGUAUUCCUGAUGCAGGCCUGGGAGUGUUUAAUAAGGGGGAGACUGUUCCAGUAGGUGCACACUUCGGCCCCUGCCAGGGAGAGCUGGUGAACAGAGAGGAAGCCAAGAACAGUGGAGACUCCUCGGUUGUAUACAGGAGCAUGCAGUGUGCAGAAUACAUCAAUGCCAAAAGAGAGAUGCAUGUGAAUUGGAUGAGGUAUGUGAAUUGUGCCCGUAAUGAAGAAGAACAAAAUCUUGUGGCAUUUGAGUAUCAAGGGGGAAUUCUGUAUCGUUGCUGUCGAUCCAUUAACCCAGGACAGGAGCUCUUGGUGUGGUAUGAAGAGGAAUACACCAGAGAACUCAGUCCUGCACCUACAGGAACAACCAGACAGCAAGAAGUAAAGAACGCUCUGCUGCAAGUCUUUUCAUGCUCCACAUGCCCUCGUUCCGAUGCAUCUCCAAUUUACCUCGACAAGCAUAUCCAGAGAUGCCACUAUGAAGAGUACGUGAGACUGCGAGAAUCAGGAGAGAUUAAAUAUAAGCUUCAGAUCCCCUCCAAAUGCUCCAGGCGUCAACCAACAUCAACUGAUGAUAUCCAUUCUGAUACUUCCCAUAAUGAUAUACAGAAGGAAAUUCACCACUGCUCAGAUUGUGGAAAGAGUUUUAGUUAUCAGAAUGCACUCAAGACACACCAGUGCAUUCACACAGGAGGAGAUCCACAUCACUGCUCACAGCGUGGUAGGAAUUUUACUUACCAGAGUGCUCUCAAAACACAACAGCGCGUUCACACAGGAGAGAAGCCGUAUCACUGCUCACAGUGUGGGAAGAGUUUUACUCGUCGGAGUCAUCUCCAACAACACCAGCACAUUCACACAGGAGAGAAGCCGUUUCACUCCUCACAGUGUGGGAAGAGUUUUACUGAACAGUGUACUCUCCGACAACACCAGCGCAUUCACACAGGAGAGAAGCCGUAUCACUGCUCACAGUGUGGGAAAAGUUUUACUUGUCAGAGUGCUCUCCAACGACACCAGCACAUUCACACAGGAGAGAAGCGGCAUCACUGCUCACAGUGUGGGAAAAGUUUUACUUUUCAGAGUGCUCUCCAACGACACCAGCACAUUCACACAGGAGAGAAGCCGUUUCACUGCUCACAGUGUGGGAAGAGUUUUACUCAGCAGAGUAAUCUCCAACAACACCAGCACAUUCACACAGGAGUGAAGCCGUAUCACUGCUCACAGUGUGGGAAGAGUUUUACUCAUCAGAGUGCUCUCCAAACACACCAGCGCAUUCACACAGGAGAGAAGCCGUAUCACUGCUCACAGUGUGGGAAGAGUUUUACUCAACAGAGUGAUCUCCGACAACACCAGCGCAUUCACACAGGAGAGAAGCCGUAUCACUGCUCACAGUGUGGGAAGAGUUUUACUCGUCAGAGUACUCUCCAACAACACCAGCGCAUUCACACAGGAGAGAAGCCGUAUCACUGCUCACAGUGUGGGAAGAGUUUUACUCAGCAGAAUAAUCUCCAAACACACCAGCGCAUUCACACAGGAGAGAAGCCGUAUCACUGCUCACAGUGUGGGAAGAGUUUUACUCAACAGUGUGAUCUCCAACGACACCAGCGCAUUCACACAGGAGAGAAGCCGUAUUACUGCUCACAGUGUGGGAAGAGUUUUACUCGUCAGAGUACUCUCCAACAACACCAGCGCAUUCACACAGGAUAGAAGCCGUAUCACUGCUCACAGUGUGGGAAGAGUUUUACUCAUCUGCGGACUCUCCAACGACACCAACGCAUUCACACAGGAGAGAAGCCAUAUCACUGCUCACAGUGUGGGAAGAGUUUUACUCGUCAGAGUCAUCUCCAACAACACCAGCACAUUCACACAGGAUAGAAGCCGUUUCACUGCUCACAGUGUGGGAAGAUGUUUGCUUGUUUAGUUACAUUUAAGACCUUCAAGUGCACUAACUCAGAGACACUGCAUGAUUUAAAGUUGUCAAAUUAAAUAUGGUUAUUACAGUUUUGACUGAAAAUGACCUGUACUUUGAACUUUAUUGUUCAUGUUAUACUGGUCAACAAUUUUUCAGAAGUUGUCUGCUUCAGAGAUGAAGUUGGCUAUUAUGAAAUUUGGUGUGUUGAAUUAGAAGUGACAGUUAAUCAGCUGAUUGGCUAUGGCUUCCAAGAUAUUUAAGAUUUUAAAUUUUAUACUUAUGUACAUUGUGUAGAUCGUAAUGUUUUAAAUAUAAAUUGUAAAACUAGGUCUCGUGUUUAUGGUCGGUUUACAUGAUAUUUCACCUGUUCUCUUCAUGUAACACUAGAAAAUCAGCCAAAAGUUUAUAUAAAUAAAAUGUAUUAUGAACAAAAUUGCAAAAACCAAUUAUGUAUAAGUACUGAAUAGGUUUAGUCCUUAUUCUGUGUGUAUGCAGUGGGUUUAUUUAUUUAUUGGCAGCUUGUCUCUUGUGUUCAUGAAACGGAGCAUCUCUUGUCAAGCAAAGACUUGAUCUCAAGUGCAUAGCACUGUAUGAAUUUUUUUUUUGAGCUGAUAUAAGACCAGUUUGUUCAGCAGAGUGAUGUCAGUUGACUUAUGAAUGCAUCAUCAGUGACUUCUAGGAAUAACCUAAUGUCAUGUAUGAUGCAAUACCGGCUUCAGAUUGCAUCAUUCAUUGUUUUCCCAAAAAAGUAAGUACUAUCCAAACCCACUCAUUGAUUUAUUCAUAGAGCCAAUCUUGAAAACGAGCCAAUGAACAAUUUUAAGUUUCAUUUUCGUUCUCAGCAAUCCAGAAAUAGUAAAGUUUGACUAUAUUUCAGAAGCAUUUUGGCUGUAGACCAGUGUUCUAUGACUGUUUUAAAAUAUGUAACCUUAUAGUUAUGUUUAAAAUGAGACUGUUAAUGUUU